UCCUUUCAUAGGCGUAAAAUGAUGUCAUCUCCGCCUGUGUAUUAUUGUUGAGACGUACAAUUACGAAUCAAAUAAACAUAUAAUUGUCCUUUAAUAUUUUCGUUCAAAAAGUUGGUUUAACAAACAAUCAGAUUAAGUUCAGCAAUUAUCAAAAAACCUACGGUAUCAAUGUUUUGCUGAAAAAAGUAACAGCUACCUGAGCUCGGGAAAUCCCGAAGAUGACGUCACUAACGUAAACCUUUGGUCAUGAUAAGCAAGACUAUUGAUAUUUAGCAGAAUUAUAUCAUCAUUCUCAGCUGUGUUAAAGCUGCAAUGAGUACAUCCCAUAUGUUGAUUGUCUAGUUUCGCUGCACAGUUUCUUGUUACAAGUGCAAUAUUUUUUUUGCCUUUUUGUUUUACGUUUUUGAAACAUGAUGGACAGUGACGAUGGUUUCAUGGAUGGAGCCGAGUCUGAAGACUCGCAUGGCCCAACAGAUAACGACGACGAGGACGAACUGCCAAUGGAUAUGGAGCACCCAGAAUCUUCUACAAAUGAACGAAGAGAUGAUGAUGACUUUACAUAUGAAGUACUUACUGCAGAUCAAAUAGUAGAAUUUAUGGUUGAUUGCAUUAAAGACGUCAAUGCCGUUGUGCAGAUACCUGCCACAAUAACCCGCAUUCUUCUUAACCAUUUUAAGUGGGAUAAAGAAAAACUAAUGGAAAGAUAUUAUGAUGGUGAUCAAGACAAGUUAUUUUCUGAAGCUCAUGUUGUUAGUCCUCAUCGGCGUGAUAUGGGGAAGGGUGCUAAGCGUCAAGUGCGAAACAGUGUUCAAGAAGACAACGUUCUUUGCGAAAUAUGCUACUUUUCUAAGGCAUUGGAUGAUAUGAAGGGUCUUGAAUGUGGUCAUCGUUUUUGUGCCCAUUGUUGGGCUGAGUACCUCACAUCAAAAAUAAUGGAUGAAGGUAUGGGACAAACCAUUUCUUGUGCUGCCUAUGGCUGUGAUAUUCUUGUAGAUGACAAAAGUGUAAUGGAGUUAAUAAAAGACCAAAAAGUUAAAUUGAAAUAUCAACAAAUAAUAACAAAUAGUUUUGUAGAGUGUAACAGGUUAUUGAGAUGGUGUCCAGCCCCGGACUGCGGACAUGCAGUCAAGGUGGCCCACCAUGAUGCAAAGCCGGUGACCUGUGUAUGUGGCCAUACCUUUUGUUUUUCGUGCGGAGAAAACUGGCAUGAUCCUGUGCGUUGCAAGUGGCUAAAACAAUGGAUUAAAAAAUGUGAUGAUGAUAGUGAAACAUCAAAUUGGAUAGCGGCAAACACAAAGGAAUGCCCGAAAUGUCACGUUACGAUAGAGAAAGAUGGCGGCUGCAACCACAUGGUCUGUAAAAAUCAGAACUGUAAGGCAGAUUUCUGCUGGGUUUGUCUUGGACCCUGGGAACCCCAUGGAUCCUCUUGGUAUAACUGUAAUAGGUACAAUGAAGAUGAUGCCAAGAAAGCUAGGGAUAGUCAAGAGGUAAGCAGAUCCCGAGCAGCUUUACAGAGGUACCUAUUUUACUGCAACAGGUAUAUGAACCAUAUGCAGAGCCUCAAAUUUGAACACAUGCUCUACCAGUCUAUUAAGUCCAAGAUGGAAGAGAUGCAGCAACACAACAUGUCAUGGAUUGAGGUCCAGUUUUUGAAGAAAGCUGUAGAUGUGUUGUGUCUAUGCAGACAAACCCUUAUGUAUACUUAUGUUUUUGCCUUUUAUCUCAAAAAGAACAAUCAAUCCAUUAUUUUUGAAGACAACCAGAAAGAUCUUGAAAAUGCCACUGAGCAGCUUUCAGAAUAUUUGGAAAGAGAGAUUUCUUCUGAAGUACUUCAUGACAUAAAGCAGAAAGUACAAGACAAAUACAGAUACUGUGAAAGUCGCAGAAAUGUUCUACUUGACCAUGUACACGAAGGUUAUGAGAAAGACCAGUGGGAAUACAUUGAAGCUUAAUUAUCAUCUCAGAGUCUCUAAAAAGCAGCAGUAUGGCUCAUCUCUUGUAGAAUUGAAUUGACUUAUUUGUUGGUCGUAUCAUCAAAAUGCCCUUUUUAUAUACAAUUUCUAAUGUUUACAUUCUGCGUUAGUUAUUUAAUUCUCAAGGAGCAGUGUAAUUAUGCUUGAUUAACCACAGCCCAUAUGCAACUGGGCAUUUGCAGUUUGUUGACAUUUAUUUAUCUUUAUUUUGUAACUGACUCUCUGCUGGUUUAAAUCACAGUCAUUAUAUAUGUGUAUACAAAUAUUGAACCUUCUAGUUUUGAAAUUAUAUUAACUUAGCUUUUCAGAUUAAAAAUAAGUAUUGAGAUCUUAUUCAGUUUUUUAGCUCUCCAGAAUUUUAAGUAAAGUUGUUUUUUAAUGCAAGGUAUAUUUUAUAAAUCUGUCAUCUAUUUAUUGUCCAAUGCAAGAUACUCAGAAUCAAUUGAACGAAGCAUACACAGUUCUCAUACUGUCACACAAAAUAGGCUUUAAUUUGCUGCCAGUUCUUUUUAAGUAAUUCGAGUUUUUAAAAUUAUUUUUUUAGUAUAUGUUUAUAAUAAAGUUGGAAUUUAAACUAUUUCACUCAAAUACUAAAUAGUGCUAUAAAAUAAUUUUUAUUUUGACCUCACAAACUGCUGGAAAUUUGUUGUAGCAUUUUAAAAACCAAUUUUCUCUACCAUUGUACAAGCUACGAAUGAGAGCAUACCAAUCUAUUUCAGUUGAUAAAGUUUUUUCACUAGCUUUCCUAUUGUCCAAAAUCAAAUAUUUUGAACUUCAACCUGAAAUUUGUACACACGUUUCUAAACUAUUUGACUCACUAAUACCUUUUUUAAAAAUUCAAGUGUCAAGUUUAAGUUAAUAAAAAAUUGUUUAUAGAAUAUUUUCACCCAUUAUGUAUACUUAAACUUACUGAAUAAAAUUAAUGAAUGCACAUACCCAAGUUUUGUUUUAAGACAUUGACAUGAGCAAACUGUACAGCAAUACAAAUUAACCGAUGUACAGUUAUGGUGCAUCAUUUACUCUGCACAAGUGCUUAACAAAGUGCCUAGAACAUAGUUUGCUAAACAAUUUUCUAGCAGGCUUUACUGAAUUUCUGUAAGCAAAGCUAUUAUAACUAAAACACAAGUAUUUACAAGGAAAGAAGUCAAACAAAGAUGCAUGCUGAUGAGUAUUAAUCAUGUUCCAAUCUGCAUGAAGUCUUUCACUUGAUGUGUCUUACUUGUUGGUUGUAGUGUGUGUGUGCCUGCAUCCAUUAGUCAAAUACAUACUUAGCAUAAUUUAACACCUCUCUAUGGCAUUUAAUGAAUCAGUGUGAAGAUAUUGCAUAACUUGACUAGGAAAUCAUGUCAUUUAGUAUACUUAUCACUUUUCAUGUGUAUACAUUUUUUGGGAACUUGUGAAUUGAAUUCUUUUUGAUAUUGCUUCGUAAAUUACUUGAUACUGUCACAUAUUGUGAUAUUAUUUGAUCAUAAACUGUGAGUUUGUUUUAUCUUUAUAAUUUAUACUACAGACUGCAAGGGCAAUUGUCUAAAUAACAAUUAUAAUUAAGAAAUAUUGGAAACAUUUUUUUUGUGUUGCGUGCAUUAAAAGAUUUCCUUAACUUAAAUAAUUUUUUAUUAGGUUUGAUUUUGAUUUUUGUUAUCUUUUACCUAAAAAUAAUUUUUAUACACAAUAUAUUGAGUCAACUUGCAAAACCUGCUUAGUAACUUCAAGUUUAGAUAAACGAUAAGGUUCUAAGUACAUUUAUUUGAAAUUCUGUGUGUUAAAUAUAGAUCUAGUAGUAAAGUAGUAGACACUUCAGGGAAUAAUUUUUUUUCACAAAAAGUUAAGUUAGAAGGUUUUGCAAAUAAACUCAUUUAUUGAUUUUGAAGCAAAAGUCUAUUCAAAGUUGAGUUUUUUUUUUUUCUAAAUUUGGUAUUUAUAAACUUUUUCUCUUUACUUUCUUUAUUUAAGAAAAAAAAAACAGCUUUGAAAACUUAGGUAAGAAUUUAUCAGGCAAUUGUGAAAUAACAACCAGCAGGAAAGGCAGUGAAAUAACAUUUCCACAAAAAAUUGAUAUUCCUUUUUGACAAUUUCUAAACUUUUGCAGUAAUGGUUCCUGUUUGUUGACUUGUAUUGUUGGUUUGGCUUUUAAAAAGUAGUGCUGCUAACUUUUCUCUUCAUUGAGGUACAUUUUAAAGGGUUGUAUAAUAAUCAAUAGAAUUAUUUAAACAUUUUGAGAACUGCAAGUUGUGUUAUAAUAGCAUAAUAAACAGUUACGUCCCUUGAGUCCGAGGAGUUUGCUGUUACAUAAAAAAAUAUUGCUUUUAUUUUUAAAAUCAUUAUUCUAGUGUAAAUGUGUUGAACAAGAUUGAGAUAUUUCUUGUUUUUCUCUUUUGUCUGAAAGUAUUUAACUUUGUGAACACCUAGCUUAUAGGUGUGCACGUAUACUGGAGGGAAUGGAAAACUUGGUCUGUGUGAAUUGUAACAAAUCAUUUCUAUGCAUGUACAAUGAUUGAUGCUUUAGUAUAUCACUUGUGUCAUUAGUUUCCAACCUUGGUGAAUGAAAUAGUUUCUUUUAAUUUUGAUUUUUUUUUUAGUGGAUCAUGUUUAAUGAACUCCGCCAAAAAAUUCAUUGGUUUUCAAGUUGAUUUUGUUCAGCCUAAGUAAGCUACCACUGUAGUGUUGUUUGAUGAUCAACUGUGGCAACAAAAUUAUCAAGCUGAUUUUGUCCACAACCACUGUUAAUUAAUCAAUAACUGCCCACACAUAAGUGGUUUUUGAACUGAUUUUUAGUUGACGUUUCAUCAACCACUGAUAGAUUAAUUAUUAGUGGUUUUCGAGUUGAUUGUUGAUAAGUUCAGCAACAACUGAUAGUUUGAUGAUUAACUGGGCCAAUAAGUCAGUGGUUUUCAAGCUGUUGUGUGUGUUAUAAAUUAAAUUGAUCAGCAAACACUGUCCUCGCCACCCGAAUCCUUAGGCUGGCUGUGAUUUCUCAAUUUGUCCUAAUUUUUUUUUCUACAGUGAGGAAAAUCCUGUUGUAGGCUAUCUUGUAUAGUUUUUAUAGAUGUGUGAUUUUCAUUCAUGUGAUUGUUUGUUUUACACUGUCUUACUUCACUAAUGUGAGGGUGUUUUAUUUAAGAGUUUAUUUUUAUUAUGUAGAUCUAUUUGAUAUCAAAACACUUUGACACUUACGUAGUUUGAAUAAAUGGAAAAUGAGGAAUAUUCCCUGAUCUGUAUAGAUUUAUCAUACAUACUUGUUCUUUGGCUUUAUCAUUAAUCUAACCAUAAAUUUUAGGAGUUAGUGAUUCUUAUUGCAGUCUGUAUAACUUACCUUGGUUUCUUAAAAAACAAACAACCUUUCUUUUACCUGUUGAUGAUUAGACCUCCCUGCUCAAGAACAAGUAGAUCUAUAAGAAAAAUGUUAGAUUAGACAUAAGUGAAACAAUUACAGCAUAUCAAGGCUGUCCCUGACCUAACCCUCUUUACAGUGUCCCUAGCCCAGUGACUUCCACAAGGUAUAAAUCAGGGGUAUAGUUUUAGCCAUGCAAAUUGUAUGAAAAGUUAAAUCCUUACAAAAAUCUCAAAAAAUAAUUGCAUCUAAUGGCAUCUUCACCUUAGAUUUUCAUCAGUUGAUAAAAUGAAAUUCUUGAAAUAGAAAGUUAAAAUGAUGAUACUGUUGUUUAUCUUGAGGUUUAAAUAAUAAUAAUUUUCUUCUUUAAAGUGUGUUUUGAUUUUGCUUAAUUAACUGAUAUUACAUGAUGUCAAAUAGUUUGCAAUUGUAAUGUUCAUAUUAGCUUAAUUUAAUCUCAAACAUGAAUUCUAUGGUGAGACAAUUUUUGGCACAGUGAUUAAGAAGGAAUUUUCUGAAUUGAACAACUUUACAGUAGUUUACAGUGAUUGAGAUCUCUUCAUAAUAUGAAGAAAACAUCUUUAAGGGACAUAAUCAUGGAAAAGUGCUUAAGGGAUAUAACCCUGUAGAAUUAUAAGAAAGUUUAAGGAUAUAACCAAAUGUAGUCACAGGAAGAGCUCCAAGUUGUAUCUAACAUUAAGUAGUGAUAAUGGUUACCUCAGGGUGUUGUAUGUACAUGUGUGGAUGUCAAACUAGUGUUAAAUAAGUAACCAACUUGGCAUAAUGCUCUCAGGGGAAGUAACUGAUGGUGGUUUAUUUCCCUUUCCACCUCCCUUUGAAGGAAGUGGUUAUAUUUUCAGGCAUCAGGUCAGAACGUACAUCUGUGGUUAUUAUCUGCAUCCUUGGGUAGAAAAUUGCGGGAUAAAUAUGUUAAGUUUAACUUUUGCUUAAUUUAUUGUGUGUAAUUUAUAGUGUGUUACUGUGUGUAAUUUAUGCGUAUAGUAUAAUUGCCAGUUUUUCAGCUUGAAAACCUCUGAUCUCAUUUUGUCUGACAUUCUUUUUACAUACAUACAUAUAUAUAUACACCACCAUGUACAUAUGUACAUGUUACUCCAAAAUGUGUGUACAGUGUAUUCUAUAAAUCUUAGAUUACUUGUAUGGUUGUUUAUCCUAGUUAAUUUCUAAUUGCUUUUGUCAAGACUUUUUAUUAAAAAAAAACACAUUUGACUGUAAAUAUUUGCCCAAAAAUAAUACAUUCUUACCUGGGUUUUUUUGUUCUUUUUUAAAAAUGUGAUUUGUAAUUGUAAU